AUGACGGAACGGAAGGUGCAAAGUAACCAUUUCUCUCCGAUACUCAUUGGGGUAUAUUACACAGUCAAUAAUAUCGUGAUACUGGAAUCUCGAUAUUAUCACAAGACCGCAAAUACUGAAGUGGGCUAUUACACUUAUCAAUAUUACCACUUCAGUAGUGCGUUGUAUUUACUGGAAUCUGGUUGUGUUUCUGAAAUCAUGGAUAAUAGGAGAAAGUCAGUUUUAGCAGUAGUACUCGCAUUUGCGUUGAAAAGAAAACGUUGCAGAAAGCGUUGGGUGAAAAAUUGGGUUUUAAAACGAAACCAAUACACUCAUUUGAACAUCACACAAGAAAUGCUCUUGGGCGACGAUUUGAAUGAUUACGCUAUUUAUUUUAGAAUGAGUGAAGACUUGUUUGAGAAGCUUUUAAACUUGGCUUCACCUUAUAUUACUAAACAAGAUACACAUAUGAGACAAGCUAUAUCCCCGAGAGAAAAACUUGCCGUAACAUUGCGGUACAUCGCAACUGGAAGAAGCUUCAGAUGCUUAAAAACGUCCUGUAUUAUCUCUGAAGCUGUUAUAAGUAAAGCCGUCAUUUCCACGUGCAGAGCAAUGAUGUAUGUUCUCAGAGACUAUAUAAAGAUGCCGACCAAUACUGAAGAUUGGAUUGAUAUAGCAAAUGAAUUUGGAAGCCUUUACAAUUUCCCGAUACAUAAAGAGAGUAAAUACAUUCGUUCGACAGAUAAUGAUGAGGAUACAUUGGGUAACAUCGAGGCAUGUUUGAACCGAAAUGCUUCUUCAGACGCAAAAGCAGUCAGAGAUCAGUUUCGCCAGUAUUUCAUCGACACGGCACGUCUCCAGAACGUAAGAAAUGCAGAACGACAAGCCAAUGGCAGAAUGCUGGUUUCAAAAUUGAUCUAA